ACUUCACAAUGACAUCUUCAGUGGUUCUAAAUUGUAUAUUACAAUCUUAUAUAAUUAUAUCUUUUAUAUCGUGGACUUCAGGAAGAAGCGUGAUACAGGACCCCUUGUUCUUUGUUGGACUGCAUCACUUGAGUGUCGCAACUAAUUUCGUUGUAUUCCCAUGCAAUGAUAAUACAGGCUUUCUAUUCUAUUCUAUAUCUGUACAUUACAUCUCAAUAUAUAUGAGAAUCAAAAACUAGCACCUUUCUCAACUGACCACAUGUUUUUGUUUCUGCGCCUGACAGUAGAACAUAGGCUACACAGUGAACUGGGUUCUUUGUCGUCUGGAUUUGUUUCUAGCUGAAAGUAACUCAUUUGCAUGCAACUGCAACAUGAAUCAUCUGACUCACCCUUAUUCCUACUGCACUUAGUAUUUUUAGCUGGACUUUACACUAUAAACAUCCACUCUAAGGUUACUGAAAGACAGUGGAGGUUUUGCACGUGUAUUUUAUAUUGCUGAGCUGAUGUUGCUCAUGAAUAGUUGCAAUCAUGUUAUUAUAUAAAGGCAUGAUAUUGCUUCAUUAUUAUCACUUCAGGUUGACAGAAAUCAUGUUUGCCAGUGGAAAAAGUAGGCGUGUCUAUAUGGUUUCGUGGGACCUUAUCUGUCACAAGGACCUUUGUGCAGCCUCAUUACUGACCUGUUUUUAAGUCAUCUGUCCUGUAAUGUGUGUGUGGUGCGUAGUGUAGCACAAAGUCCUGAAAAGCUCCGACCUUCCUCCUGCUGCUGCUGCUAGUCUUGCUCACCAUAAGAAUGUGGCUUUAUAAUUUUUUGCUCGGUUUUGACCUCAAGGGUCUGUUCCUGUUCAUUUUUAUUUUCAUCCUCAUAGCAGACUUCCUCAAAAACAGGAAACCUUCAAAUUAUCCUCCAGGACCGAUGGCUCUUCCCCUUGUGGGGAAUUUCUUUAGUGUGGACACUAAACAUCCACACAAAUAUUUUACCAAGCUGGCUGACGUCUAUGGGAAUGUGUUCAGUGUGCGCCUCGGAGGUGACAGGAUGGUGUUUGUGUCUGGGUACAAGAUGAUGAAGGAAGCUUUAGUGACACAAGCCAAUAACUUUGUGGAUCGACCAAACAGUUCAUCGCAACACAGGUUUUACUCCAGAGACACAGGAAAUCCAGGUGGUCUGUUUGUGAGCAAUGGUGAAAAAUGGAAAAGACAGCGACGCUUUGCCUUGUCUACCUUGCGUAGCUUUGGCCUGGGCAAAAACGCCAUCGAGCAGAAAAUCUGUGAGGAGAUCCGACACCUGCAGGAGGAGAUAGAGAAGGAGAGAGGUGAACCUUUCAGCCCAGACGGCCUCUUCAACAAUGCUGUGUCCAACAUCAUUUGUCAGCUGGUGAUGGCGAAACGGUUUGACUACAGUGACCACAAUUUCCAGACCAUGCGUAGGUAUCUUGCUGAGAUUCUUCAGGUGGAGGGCUCUAUAUGGGGUCUGAUGUAUGACUCAUUCCCCCGAAUAAUGAAGCACAUGCCAGGUCCUCACAACAAAAUGUUCAGUCAAUUCAACAGCAUUUUGGACUUCAUCAGUGAGGAGGUAAAGAGCCACAAGGAGGACCUGGACCACAGCAAUCCCCGGGACUACAUUGAUGCUUUCAUCAUUGAAAUGGAGAAUCACAAAGAGUCUGACCUGGGCUUCACUGAGACCAAUCUGGCUCUGUGCUCUCUGGAUCUGUUCCUGGCUGGAACAGAAACAACCGCCACCACUUUGCUGUGGGCUUUGAUUUACCUCAUCAAAAACCCUGAGAUCCAGGACAAAGUCCAGGCGGAGAUAGACAGAGUGAUCGGACAGACCCGACAGCCCAGUAUGGCAGACAGACCCAACCUGCCCUACACUGACGCUGUCAUCCAUGAGAUCCAGAGGAUGGGAAACAUCAUUCCUCUCAACGCACCAAGAAUGGCCGCCAAUGAUACGACACUGGGUGGUUACUUCAUACCCAAGGGUACAACGUUGUUGCCCAUCCUGACCUCUGUGCUGUUUGAUAAGACUGAAUGGGAGACUCCAGACACCUUCAACCCCGGACACUUCCUGGAUGCUGAGGGAAAGUUUGUGAAGAAAGAAGCUCUCCUGCCUUUCUCUGCAGGGAAGCGCGUGUGUCUCGGAGAAGGCCUCGCCAGGAUGGAGCUGUUUCUGUUUUUGGUUGGUUUACUCCAGAAGUUCACUUUCUCCGUUCCUGAUGGAGUAGAGCUGAGCACAGAGGGACUUACUGGAACGACACGUGUACCGCUCCCCUUCGAGGUUUACGCCAAGGCUCGCUGAAUUUUUUAACAUCUCCCCGAACCAUUUUUUAUCUAAACAAUGUGCAAGAAAUCAGACAAGGAAAACUGUCUUAGAGAAGAAAGCUGUAGUUACUUUUCGAUCCAAACCUUUUGUUGUCGUAUGACUGCCCCAUGUACUGAGGGCCUGUUUACUCUCUCUGUAAAUCUACGUGAUAAAGUUAGUAAAGUUAAAAUGUUCUGUAUAAAUGCAACUGUUUAAAGACCUUUCCCUUUGUCUUGUUAUCAAUGAAAAAUGUAUUAAGAUUUCAAAAACAUACGGUCUUUAUAAUUAAGCUGCAUUGGGCAAGUUUUCUUUGUACUAAUCAUCAGUUAAGUCAUUAAUAAACCAUGUGUGCAUAAUAAACUAAAGUCAUUAACAAACCUAGUCAACACAAUUGUCAACAAUGAAUAAAUUAACUGUUUAUUUGUGUCACAAA